CCCUGCUGCGUCAGCUUCGCGUCAGUAGCACGCGACGUCAGUAGCUCGCGACGGUGCUGCUCCCGGCUCGGGAUUCCGAGCUUACUCGCAGCAUGUCGGUCAUCUUCGCCCCUGACUGGCUUCGCGGCAAGGCUAAGGUCAACCAGGAGACCAUCCAGCGGCUCCUGGAGGAGAAUGACCAGCUGAUCCGCUGUAUCGUGGAGUAUCAGAACAAGGGCCGAGCGAACGAGUGCGUCCAGUACCAGCAUGUGUUGCACAGAAAUCUCAUUUACCUAGCUACCAUCGCAGAUGCCAACACAAGCAGCCUCACGAAGGCAGUGGAGUAACUCCAGGACGCUGUUGCCAGGACCGACUGAAGGGGGACACAGCUUCUGUGAAAUAGAGACACAGUUGUCAGGGACUGAGCCGCUUAGCACACGGGCGAAAAGGCUGUGAUUCGUUUGGACUCUGAAGAAAGUUGCUACUAACUCUACUAUAUCUUAGUGUCAAUAUUUUAGUAAUAAAACAGAUCCCACAGUAGAACGGAACGGAGGUAAUGUGGCAACAGUGCCAUUGUCACGGUCAACAAAAUCAAUAGUGCUUCUUAAUUCUCUAGUAUCAAAUGAUAACCAGUCUUUCUCUGUCCCACCGGCCACCUCUCAAAUAACGACACAGAGACUUGUUAGUUAGGAAAGCUUGGUCUUGCUAGCUCUGUUAACUUAAAUUAAUAGAUUUCUAUUAAUCCUCGUUCUGUCACACGCUGCCCAUCCUGCUUCUUCCAUGUCCCCUGGCAUCUCUUGUACAUCUCAUCCCACUUCCUCCUCUGUGCCGGAAAAGUCCUGCUUCUUCCUUCUGCCCAGCUGUUAGCUGCUCAGCUCUUCAUGACUCCCUCAACAGUGACGUUCACUUCUCUUCAGUAUUCCAGAGUGUCUCUUUAUGAUAGAUCCCACAUCAGCCAAGGCUGUCUCACAGCCCUGUUUUCACAUUAUUUCAAAUCUACACUAUAAAAAAAUGCCCAAGUUUCUUUUCAGGGAGAGAGAAUGAAGCAAAAAUCCCUGCUUAAGCCUGAAUUACGCAUCAAAGAGAAUCAAGCAAAGGGUGCAUUUAGAGCUGAGAAGCAAAUAAUAAUAAUAAUAAUUUAAUAACCAACACUAGGCACAUCUGGGAGAUAGAGGCAAGAGGUCAAGGUCAGCCUAGGCCACAUGAGAUCCUGAAAAAGGGAAAAUGUAUUUGUUAGCAUAUAAAAAAUAGGUUUAACAAUGA